CUGAACCCAUAGUACACUAGCAAUACAAGCAACUGAACGGUUCCAUCCUACAGGGGUGUAAGCGACACUUAAUUACUGGGGUUGAACCCUCCUCCUUUGGCGGCACCCCACCUCACUCAACAUGUUCAAAACCUAAACGGCAUUUUGUACAGUGUGUUUUAUUGGUGAGAGAAAAAAGGAGCUUCUGUUUUUUGCUGCGAGAACAAUAUGGCUGUUGGAACAGGUUAUUUGCUCCUUGGUUUAUCUUUUAUGGUAUCCAUCAUAUCAGUCAAAGCUUGUGUUAGUACUGUGGAGGCAACAGUUCCCAAGGAGUUAAAGGCUGGAUACAUAAUAUCAGAAGUUAAUUUGCAACACUGCUUAAACAACACGCACUUGGAGCUUACUACCAGUGAUCCAGACUUUGCCAUUCAGCAAGAUGGCCUCCUCUAUGCAAUACAUUCAACCACGAUACAUUCUGGAGAAAGGGCUUUUGUAAUAUGGCUUCAAGACCAACAAUCGCACCAAAAGUGGAAAAUAGAUGUCACACUCUCAGUUGAACACAAUAUGGUAAAGAGAGAGGUAACCUUGAAACGCUCCAAAAGACGAUGGAGACCACUACCUUUUUCUAUUAGAGAGAAUGAUUUGGGACCAUUUCCAAAAGAUGUUCAACAGAUCCAGUCUGACAGUUCACAGAAUUUUAAUGUCCUUUAUAAAAUCUAUGGUAAGGGAGUGGACCAGUCACCUGUAGGUUUGUUCAGUGUUGUACCAGAAACUGGAAUGCUGAGAGUGCACAGGGCUGUGGACCGUGAAGAAAUAUCAGAGUACAAAUUCUUUGCAGAGGCAGUGUCAACAGAUGGCGUUAAGAGAGAUCGGGAUCUUGAUGUAACUGUUGUAGUGGAAGAUGAAAAUGAUAACCGCCCUGAGUUUGCUAAGGUUGUUGUUAUCUCUGUACUUGAACAUUCUGAAAUUGAUACUAUUGUAGGACAAGUAAAUGCCACAGACCGAGAUGCGCCUAAUACACUUUUUAGUCAAGUGAAUUACAGAAUUGUUUCCAACACUGACCUGUUCAGGAUUCAACCAGAAACAGGAGUUGUGUAUACAGUGUCUACUGCAUUAGAUAGAGAGACAAAAGACACCUAUGAAAUUGAAGUAGAAGCCAUGGAUUGUAAAGGUCUAUCUUAUGGACUGUCAAGUACAGGAACUGUUACAAUUGUAUUAAGAGACAGAAAUGACAAUCCACCAACAUUCAAAGCCAGCAAAUAUGAAGCGGUAGUUGAAGAAAAUAAGAAAGAUGUUCUUCUUUUACGAAUUCCAGUGGAUGACAGGGAUUUAGUUAAUACAUCGAAUUGGAAAGCUAAGUUUGUUAUAAACAAGGGUAAUGAAAAUGGAAAUUUUAGAAUUGAAACAGACCCUGUCACAAAUGAAGGACUCCUGUAUGUUAUUAAGCCUUUGGACUAUGAGAAAAAUGCAGUUGUAAAGCUGGAGGUGGCAGCUGAGAAUGAAGCAGGACUGGUAGGCAGUAAUAAAAAUUGGGCCACCAUUCCAGUGAAUGUGAAUGUGACAAAUGUGGACGAGGGCCCAGAAUUCGACCCAGCUAAUUUGUUUCUUCGCAUUAAAGAAAACGAGCCAAACGGAACCAUUAUUGGGACCUACAGUGCAUUGGACCCAGAUACUAAAACCAGUGAUGGUAUACUAUAUUAUGAAACCUCAGACCCUGCAUCAUGGCUAGAAGUCGAAGAAACCACUGGCAAACUCUGUGUAGUUGGCAGCAUGGAUAGAGAGUCAUCAUUUGUGACAAACGGCAUAUACAAUGUCACAGUCAAAGCUGUCGACCGGAGUUCAAAAACAGGUACCGGGACAGUAGUGAUACAUUUAGAAGAUGAAAAUGAUAACAGCCCUAUCAUCACCAAUAAAGACUUGACGAUUUGUGAGCAUUAUGGACAGUUAGGAUCUGUAAAGGUUGAAGCAGAGGAUAAAGAUGAUGUGCCUUUUUCAUCUCCUUUUGUAUUUGGCUUCCCAAAGAACCAUGAUCAAAAUUGGAAGAUAACAAAUGAAGAAGCCACUUCCAUGAGCCUUGAACAAGCAAGGGAACUACCUUCUGGUACUUACAAUGUCCCUGUGAUUAUUCGUGAUCAACAAGGGAAAAGUGAACAACAGAGCAUAACAAUCAGAAUCUGCAAAUGCAGCAAUGGGCAGUGUGUCACAAGUCCAAUCUCAACUGCACUUGGAGUAUGGGGGAUCCUGGCAUUGUUGUUAGGGAUAGCAUUAUUAUUAAUGCUGCUCUGUAUUUUGCUAACCUGUUUCUGUGGGGAGAAGAAAGAAACAGUAGACGUUGAUAAUGGAGCUGAGGCAGUGCUUAUCAAGUCUAAUACAGAGGGACCAGGUGAAGAAGUAAUGGCUUCAAAUUUCAGGGCUCCUGCACAACAUACCACCCUUGACCAAGAGUCACGAUUUCAACAGCCGUCUGGAGGUGGUGUGCAAGAUAUUAGGCUCUCUGACUUCCAGAAAGCUAGUAAUGGCUAUGGUGGUGAAACCCUGGAUGGUGGUAUGCGGAAUGGUCCUAGCUCAUACCUAUCUGCCACCAACAGCACCAUGCAAAAUAACUAUGGACAACAGUUUGGAGGUGGAGUUCAACAUUAUGCAGACCAAAACAGUACCAGCAUUUGGAGAACAAAUGGCUUGGUGAUUGAUCAGAAAUUGAAUGGCUUUGUAACAGAACACGAUGACAGAUUUGCUCAGGACAUUAGUCAUGUCUAUGGCUUUGAAGGCAAAGGCUCACUUGCUGGAUCUGUGGGGUGCUGCAGUGACCUAAAUGAUGACAGUGGAUUAGAAUUUGUAAAUACAUUGGGACCAAAAUUCAGAACAUUGGCACAAGUUUGCAGAAAGAAAUGAAGACGUGAUGAACACGAAUUAUUUGGGCUUUAAGAGAACAUCUUGCAAUCAGACUCUUGCGAAAUUAUUCAGUGUUUGCAAAAUGUGGGCUAUUUUACCCAGAGUGGAGUAAUUCAGUGUGUUUACAUGAACAUAAGAAUUCUGAAUUUUUUUGGAAUAUAUAGUUUUCUGAAAAGUAAUUCUGAUAUCAAGUCAUGUAAACACACCUUUUCUGAAAACGUAUUGGAAAAUUCCAAAAGUGAUUUUUACGAAAACACCACCUAGAAAAUUCCAGUAGUAUUCUGAAAACUAACAUAAUUUAUGUCAUGUAAACACACUUUUCAGAAACCGUCUUCUGAUAGUGUACUGCACAUUCAAACUUUGACAAUUUCCGCGAACAUGAUUAUUAAAGCAACUAUAUCCAUAUUUCUAGCAGAAAAAAAGCAAAGAAAAACAAAACACAGUGGCAAUAAUGAUUACACUUCUUGGACACACAGGGACGAGACUUAGUACCUGAGUGGGAGUUGGGAGAACAAGUUUUGUUUUGUUACAUUCUUAUUUCAUCAUCCAUAGAUGUCUUAAUUAACUUUUUAUAAAUACAAAUACAGCCCAACAACUUAUUUUUUUGAACAAGACGAGGAAAAAGGAAAGUAUGGUAACUAUUUAUCAGUUUUGCUUGGCAAGUUAUAGAACAGCAUCUUGUGUAAGGGUGGAAAUAAAAAGAAGGCUAGUGAUGUACAUAAUGGGAACCGCUUAAUGAUUUUGGAUUAUUUAAUAUGUAGUCCAAGGGAUGCUUUUCAAUUUUGUGUUGUAUUUAUUUCUCAAACCAAAAAAAUCAAUAAAAUAAUUAUAAAUGGAUAUCUGAUUUCAGUCACGAUCAGUUUACAUGGAUCCAUUUGCUUAGUUAUGGAUACAGUUAUAUAAUUAUUUUAAAAAUUAAGUAACAGGGUUCUUUUUCAUUGUUAACAACCUGACAACUUUUUGUACUUAUAAGCAGAAAUGGAUGAGCUGUUGCAAGGAGUGGACAGCUUGCACAUGCUGGGGUAUUAGAACAAGAGAGAAUACCAGAACCCAGCAAUCAGUACGUUAACAUGAGAUCAAGUUUUAAGAACACUAACGUAUUCGGAAAACACAAUCAGAAAAUUGUUUUUGUGUUUACAUGAUAAUCAAAUUACACUUCCGAUAAAUAAACAAGGGGCUUGUUACCAGGUGGUUCCCAGUUCAAUCCCAGCUCGGCCAAUGUGUGUGACCUUGAGCAGGUCACUUAACCUCCUUGUGCUCUGUCCUUCGGAUAAGCUGUAAAACCGAGGUCCUAUUGUAAGUGACUACAGUAGCAGUUGUGAUGCGUAGUUCACCCCCUAGUCGCUUUGGAUAAAAGCGUCUGCUAAAUGACUAAUUAAUAAUGUACAGCACAAUAAUCUGUUGAAUACAGCAUAAGAAUUUGCAACUUCGCUAAAUCUAAAAUACCUGAUCAUUUAUGCCUCGGUGUAAGGCCCACACUAUGUCUUUAAACUGUAUUAGUUGCCUUUAAACUGGCUUAAAAUUGGUAAUACGGCUAGCAUCGGUUUAAUACCAUACUCAAGACCACCUCGGGGUAGUCUUGAGUCCAGUUCUAAAUUAGAUCGCAUUAGGUAGUGCCGUUUGUCAGAACUGUGGACGCUGUAAUAACGAGCUACAUUUUUUGUGUAUCCUCCAAUAUCCCCAAAUGCUUUCUGAUAUGUUUUGGCGCAUGUACAUUACAAAUACAGAACUCGGAACAGGUGUCCGAAGGAGUUGAGAAUGACUGUCAGUACUGCUGUACCGUAUACAACUUCUGAGGCUUGUUGUGAAAUGGUGGAUCAUGGAGCGAUGUGAUCAGAUGCAGAAAUCAAGGCACAUUAAUAUCACAGUUCAUUGCGCUGCUAGGAACUGUAACUAUUUUAAUAGUGUUUGUACGCAUUAAGCCCAACUAAACAUGAAACGGUACUUUAGUGUAGACGCUUUGAGCUGGACUAAUUAAAACGUUUUUGAGUAAGGUUCUCUAAGGUUAUGUAGUGUGGACAGGGCAUUACUGCAGACUGAACUGAGCCCUGUCUGUUUCCAUCCUAUUCGCUACUGCGUAUGCGCAAAUGCUCUACAUUUUCCAAAAAUGUAAUCCAUGUACACAGUUGAAUUUAUCAGAAGUGUAAUUGGAUUAUCUAUUCCAAGUCAUGUAAACACAGAAAAGUGUUUUUACGUUAGUUUUCUGAAAACUUGAUCUCAUGUAAACUUACUGAUUGUUGGGUUCUGGUAUUUGAUCUAGCACUAAUCUCCCAUAAUGACCCACCCAUUCAAAACAUGUGUUCCUAUUGUUUUUAUACUUGUCAUUACAGACAAGCCUGGUAAUACUUAGAAGCUUCAUUAUACCUCUUAACUGUCCAGCAUACACAAUGCAUGCAAAAGGUGUGGUUAUUUUUUUUUGGUGUGCCUUAUUGCUAUUAACGUUAUUGUUUUUUGUUUUUUUUUGUAAAUUUGUAUUGGUAGUGGGAUUCUUUAAAAUUAUUAUACACCUCUUUCAUGUACAGUGUGCAUCAGAAAGCUACAUGGGAAUUAGCAUUUUCCUUUACUGUCAUGUUUCCCUGCCUAGCGUGUUCAAUUUAAAUCUCUGUUUUAGCAUUGUACUUUAAAAUCCCAAAUUAUUACCAAUGCUUACAAAUAAGUAUAUAAUAGAUUAUAUUGUACACAAGAUUUUUUUUUCUUAAGUGUUUCAUAAUUACAUGUAAAAGGUUUAUACUUACUGUGGCGGGGUAGCGUCACAGCCGAGAUGGUAUUGGCACAGACAGAGACUCAGACACAGAAAGCUGCAAGUUAAAUGCGCUAAUGCGCUCUUUAAUUCCACAAAUAAACAAAAAUAACACGGUCAAAACACUUUACAAAAACACACUUGACAAAACAAAAGGCACAAGGGCAAAAACAAAAGGUUUUACAAAAACUCAUGAAUGUAACAAACAGACAGCACAGCAUGGAACAUGAAACACAGACAUCCACCUCCAUCACCAACAUUAAUCGUACUAAUUCUCUAACACCUUAAAGAAAUUUAAUCCCCUCCCUGCCAACCCAAUAUUCCCCACACAAACACACACCUGUGCACCGGCAGGGCUUUCAUCCUGCCACACUUACUGUCAUCAAAGAUUUUUUAAACGACUGCCAAAAAAGCAAAACCGCCUCAUAUCAGGCAUUGCUGUUCCCUCAGUAUCGGUUUUACUUGAUCCGAUACAAUGUCUCACAAGAUUACAGUUUGCCAACAAGUUCAAAACUCCCACGUAACAAGUGAUGUUCCUGAUAUGAAAAUGAAUUCCAGUUCUAUUGGUGUAAGGAUGAUAAGUCAAGUAUGUCACCAGUAUGUGUAUUGUGGUAUUGAUGAAAAUGAAAACCUAUUUUAUUUUUAACUAUUAAUGUUGUAUAUACACGAGUAUCUAGAAAUCUGUUCUGUUUAAAUUUCUAGUUUGAGGUUAUUUGUGUUUUUGCUGACAAAUGAAUGUUACUUUUAUAUACCUGUUUUUUUUUUGUUUUGUUUUUUAAUUAUAAAUUAGAAUGAAUUGCUGUAGAAGAUGUUUAAUGAUUUUUUUGUUCAGCUAAUGUUUCAAAGAUAAUAGUAUACUACUUACAUAGGUACAAUCUCUAUAAGAGAUACUUGUAUAGCUUAAAUACAUUGUUUGCAAAUUUAUUUCUAGUUUUAUUGCCCAUGCACUGCUUAAGGAAGAAAGAAAUAUGUAUGCACAUCUUGUUAUGCUUUGCAGCUUAAGGAUCUUGCAUUGCAUAGAUGCACUCAUUCAGCUGCAGCUUUGAGAGCUUUAUGACCAGAUCGCUGAUGUGAAUGAAAACUUUUCUCAGUGGUAAUAGAGUAAUUGGUUGCUUGCAUUGCAAAGGAAAGUGUAUAACAACUGGUUUCUUUCUGGAACACACUGCUGUAUUUUAUUAAUUAACUUUUAAUAAGCUGUUUUUUGAUUCAUGUAUCUCAUCACUUUGUUUUUUGACAUUCUUUGAUUUAUAAAUAAAUAAAUACAUCUUUUUAUUUGUU